CCAUUUUCCAGCUGUCCCUCAUUCGGUCGGGAUUUCGGAACCACGGGAGAAUCGCCGGAAAGGGCUUUGGUGAUAAAACAGCUCAUUUUGGGAGAAGAUACCACAUUAUAUGGUUACAUAAAUACGCAACGAGCUACUUUAUCCAGUAUUUCACAAUGGAAAAUGAACUAUGAGGUGUCGUGUAGUGCAGAAGACUGAGUGAACCAUGGCACAGUUCCCCACCACAUUCGCAGGUCCAGAUGUGUUUCUGAUCUCAGUGGAUGAGAGAGCCAAAUAUGAUCAGCAGUUUCACAGCCUCUCUCCGACUGCCGGGGGUUACAUCACAGGCGACCAAGCCAGGAACUUCUUCCUUCAAUCAGGACUGCCCCCUCCCAUCCUGGCCCAAAUCUGGGCUCUGGCUGAUAUGAACAGUGAUGGUCGUAUGGACAUCCACGAGUUCUCUAUCGCCAUGAAACUCAUCAAACUGAAACUCCAGGGUCACCCUCUGCCCCCCACGCUUCCUCCCAGUAUGAAACAACCCCCACUGCCUUUACCCCCACAGACUGGCUUUGGCAUGCCCUCCAUGGCUCCCAUCACAGCUCCUCUUUCAGGCGUGCCUCCACUCCCUCUGCCACCUCUCCCUGUCGGAGUGUCUCCCCCACUCGUCUCGUCUGCCCCACCUCCUCUCCCCCAACCCAUCGCCAACGGAGCUCCUCCCACAGGCAUGAUGCAGCCCAUCUCUGGCUUCUCCCACCCAGCUCCCUCUGUCAACAAGUCUUCUUCGUUUAAUCGUUCCAGUACCAAGUUGCAAAAAGGGCCAUCCUUGGACGCUGCUAGUGUUCAGCCCCCUCCUGAUUGGGCCGUUCCUCAGUCCUCCAGGCUGAAGUACAGACAGCUUUUUAACUCCCAUGACAAGAUGAUGAGUGGACACCUCACAGGUCCCCAGGCUCGCACUAUCCUGAUGCAGUCCAGCCUUCCUCAGGGCCAGCUGGCCACAAUAUGGAGUCUAUCGGAUAUCGACCAGGAUGGAAAGCUAACAGCUGAGGAGUUUAUCUUAGCCAUGCACCUCAUAGAUAUGGCUAUGUCAGGGUUACCGCUACCCCCUGUGUUACCACCAGAUUACCUCCCACCCACAUUCAGGCGUGUGCGAAGUGACAGUGUUCAGUCGGACCAGAAGAGCGUCCAGGAGGAGACAGAGGAAGAGACGGAGAGCAGCCAGGAAAAGAAACUACCAGUGACAUUUGAGGAUAAGAAGAGGGAGAACUUUGAGCGAGGAAACCUGGAGUUAGAGAAGAGACGUCUGGCUCUGCAGGAGCAGCAGAGGAAAGAGCAGGAGAGGCUUGCUGCACUGGAGAGAGAGGAACUGGAGAGAAAGGAGCGUGAGCGUCUGGAGCAGGAGAGGAGACGACAACAUGAACUAGAAAAACAACUGGAGAAACAGAGAGAGCUGGAGAGGCAGAGAGAAGAGGAGAGACGCAAAGAGAUAGAGAGGAGAGAGGCUGCUAAGCGUGAAUUAGAGCGUCAGCGUCAGUUGGAGUGGGAGCGCCAACGUCGCCAGGAGCUUCUGACUCAAAGAAACCGUGAGCAGGAGAGUAUAGUGCUGCUCAAAGCCAGGAAGAAGACCCUGGAGUUUGAACUGGAGGCUCUGAAUGAUAAGAAGUCCCAAUUGGAGGGCAAACUGAAGGAUGUUCGGUUUCGUCUGUCUGCUCAGCGAAGAGAGGUGGAACAGACCAAUCAGACCAGAGAAACACGCAUUGCUGAAAUCACCUUGCUACAACAGCAGCUGCAGGACUCCCAGCAGUGGUUGGGGAGGCUAAUUCCUGAUAAACAGAGUCUCAAUGACCAGCUGAAACAGGUUCAACAGAACAGUCUGCAUCGUGAUAGUCUGUCGUCCCUGCAGAAGGCUGUGGAGCAGAAGGAGAGCAGCAGACAGCAGCUCAGAGAACAGCUAGAUACUGUGGAGAGAGAGACGAGGGCCAAACUGCUGGAAAUAGAUGCUUUCAACACCCAGCUGAAGUCUCUGUGUGAGUUCUAUGCCAACCACUGUGCCAGGAUAGAAGCCCUGCGACGCCAGCUUCAGGAGGAGCAUAGAGGGAGACAGGAGCUGAGGGAGAUCCACAGCCGGCAGCAGAGACAGAAACAGAGGGAGCUGGAAGGAGACACACACACACUGACACACACACACUCGCACAUGCACACCCCAAUCGAGAGAAAGUCUGCUGAACUGCAGGAGAGCAGGUUGUCAUCAGAGGAUGGCGUGUCCUGGAGAGACGAAGCAGGAAGCUCUGCCUCCAAACCUCCUAGCCCCCCCUCUGUCUCUGCACCCCAUGCCUGGCUAAACAGAGUGACUCAGGAAGAGGAGGAGAGGAAGAGGAGAGGGAUGGAGGAUGAGGAAGAGGGCCAGAAGGGAGCAGGAUCAGUAGAAGAGAAUGAGGAUGAGGGUAGAGGCAAGAAGGACAUGCAAGAGAAACUGAACAAGCUGUUCAGCCAGCCGACCGACCCCUGGGCUUCAACAGUGGAGAAGGCUCCGGGACCCAGUUUGUUUGACCAGAAGGCACCAGUCAGUGGCUUCGACCAGAAGGCACCAGUCAUUGGCUUCGACCAGAAGGCACCAGUCAGUGGCUUCGACCAGAAAGCACCAGUCAAUAGCUUCGACCAGAAGCAGCCACCAGUGAAGGUGGUCUACUACAGGGCUGUGUAUCCAUUUGAUGCUCGCAGCCAUGAUGAGAUCAGUAUCGCUCCCGGAGAUGUAAUCAUGGUGAAGGGGGAAUGGGUGGAUGAAUCCCAAACAGGUGAACCCGGUUGGCUGGGAGGAGAGCUCAGGGGGCGUACUGGUUGGUUUCCAGCCAAUUACGCUGAACGGAUAUCCGACAGUGAAGCACCGAUCAGCCUGCGUGCAACAGCUUCAGCCACACCCACCUCAUCUCAGCAGCCAAUAUCCACGCCUCCCCCAGCACCUGGACAAACCUCCUCCUCCACGUCCUCCGCCAACAGUAACUGGGCCGACUUCAGCACCACCUGGCCCUCCAACACAGCCAGUCAAUCAGACAGCGAGGGAUGGGACGCUUGGCCGACUUCUUCAGCCAAUCAGAAUCCUUCUCUUAGUGUUCCCUCAGCACAGCUUCGACAACGCUCCGCCUUCACACCAGCUACCAUGACGACGGGCUCCUCUCCUUCUCCUGUGCUGGGACAGGGGGAGAAGGUUGAGGGUCUUCAGGCUCAGGCUUUGUAUCCCUGGAGAGCAAAGAAGGACAACCACCUCAACUUUAACAAAAAUGAGAUAAUAACAGUGUUGGAGCAGCAGGACAUGUGGUGGUUAGGUGAACUGCAGACCGGACAGAGAGGCUGGUUCCCCAAAAGUUACGUCAAGCUCAUCUCUGCCACCAUGACGCCCCCCCCUGGUGCCACAGCACGCAGCAAAAACACAAGUGAUUCUGGGGUAUCAGACAGCCCACCCAAUGGAAAACGCCCCUCCCCUUCCCCAACAAAACCUUCGGAGUCUGGUGAAGAGUACGUGGCCAUGUACACCUACGAGAGCAGUGAACAGGGGGACCUGAGUUUCCAGCAAGGCGAUAUCGUCAUGGUGACCAGGAAAGAAGGGGAUUGGUGGACAGGCAUGGUCGGGGGCAAGACUGGAGUCUUCCCUUCUAACUAUGUCAAACCACGAGACUCGUCCUCAGAGUCUUUAGGACCAGCAGGGAAGACGGGCAGCCUGGGAAAGAAACCAGAGAUCGCUCAGGUGAUCGCCCCCUACAGUGCUACAGGAGCAGAGCAGCUGACGUUAGCUCCAGGACAGCUCAUCCUCAUCAGAAAAAAGAACCCAGGGGGCUGGUGGGAGGGUGAGCUCCAGGCCCGGGGGAAAAAGCGCCAGAUAGGUUGGUUUCCGGCCAACUAUGUGAAGCUGCUCAGUCCCAGCACCAGCAAGACAACGCCCACAGAGCCCACCCCUCCUAAACUGGCUCCUGCCAGCACAGCUGUGUGUCAGGUGAUCGGCAUGUACGACUACGUGGCCCAGAACGACGACGAGCUGGCCUUCCAGAAGGGUCAGGUGAUCACAGUGCUCAGCAAGGACGACUGUGAUUGGUGGAAAGGAGAGCUCAACGGGAGGGAGGGUCUGUUUCCCAGCAACUACGUCAAACUCACCACAGAUACUGACCCGAGCACACAGUGGUGCGCUGACCUCCACCUGCUGGACAUGCUGAGUCCCAUGGAGAGGAAGAGGCAGGGAUACAUCCACGAGCUGAUCGUCACCGAGGAAAACUACGUCAACGAUCUGCAGCUCGUAACAGAGAUCUUCCACAAACCUCUGUUGGAGUGCGAGCUGCUGACGGAGAAGGAAGUGGCCAUGAUCUUUGUCAACUGGAAGGAGCUCAUCAUGUGCAACAUCAAACUGCUCAAGGCUCUGAGAGUGAGGAAGAAGAUGUCGGGUGAUCGGAUGCCGGUGAAGAUGAUUGGUGACAUCCUGACCAACCAGCUGCCUCACAUGCAGCCAUACAUCAGAUUCUGUUCGUGUCAGCUGAACGGAGCCACGCUGAUUCAACAGAAAACUGACGACAACCCUGAGAUCAAGGACUUCCUCAAGAGGUUAGCCAUGGAUCUCAGGUGUAAGGGAAUGCCUCUGUCCAGCUUCCUGCUCAAACCCAUGCAGAGAGUCACGCGCUACCCGCUCAUCAUCAAGAACAUCUUAGAAAAUACUCCAGAGUCGCAUCCAGACCACAGCCACCUGAAAGCUGCUCUGGAGAAAGCAGAGGAGCUGUGCUCACAGGUGAACGAGGGCGUCAGGGAGAAGGAGAACUCGGAUCGUCUGGAGUGGAUUCAGGCUCACGUCCAGUGUGAAGGCCUGUCUGAGCAACUGGUGUUUAACUCCGUCACCAACUGUCUGGGUCCCAGGAAGUUCCUCCACAGCGGGAAGCUAUUUAAAGCCAAGAGCAGCAAAGAGCUCUACGGCUUCCUGUUCAAUGACUUCCUGCUGCUGACGCAGGUGACCAAACCUCUGGGCUCGUCAGGCUCGGACAAAGUCUUCUCCUCGAAAACACACCUGCAGUACCGCAUGUACAAGACGCCAAUCUUCCUAAAUGAAGUGUUAGUGAAGCUGCCGACAGACCCGUCAGGAGAUGAGCCUCUGUUCCACAUCUCUCACAUAGACAGAGUUUACACUCUCAGAGCUGAGAGCAUCAACGAAAGGACAGCGUGGGUUCAGAAAAUUAAGGCAGCUUCAGAACUCUUCAUAGAGACGGAGAAGAAGAAGAGAGAGAAGGCGUAUCUAGUGCGUUCUCAGAGGGCUACAGGUAUUGGUAGACUAAUGGUCAACAUUGUGGAGGGAAUCGAGCUCAAACCCUGUCGCUCCCAUGGAAAAAGUAACCCAUACUGUGAGGUAACCAUGGGUUCGCAGUGCCAUAUCACAAAAACAUUACAGGACACAUUGAAUCCAAAGUGGAACUCCAAUUGUCAGUUUUUUAUAAAGGACCUUGAACAGGACGUCCUCUGUGUCACAGUGUUUGAACGAGACCAGUUCUCACCUGACGACUUCCUGGGCAGGACAGAGAUCCGGUUGGCUGAAAUAAAGAAGGACCAGGGCUCUAAAGGACCAAUCACGAAGCGGUUGCUGCUCCACGAGGUUCCCACAGGAGAGAUCGUGGUCAGACUGGACCUCCAGCUGUUUGAAGAACCCUAAAACCUGGACAGGACCCUACUGGACUGGAUUGGACUGAAAUAUGAUUUGGACCCGACAGUUGGGCUGGAUUUAGACUGGACUGGUCUGGUCCAGUUUCUUAGUGCUCACAGGCUGAGGAAAAGGUAUCAGUUUACGUCAUUCGCUUGUUAAAUUAAAAGAAGAAAAAAAACGAAUAUUAGUAAAUUAGGAACAGCAAGGCUGGAUUGCCAAUUGGGCAAAGCAGGCAACUGCCCCGGGCCCCAGACCUCUAGGGACCCUCUAGAUUCACUGCGUGUCAGGUGCUUUUUGGUAAUUUGAUUAAUUUGGAAAUUUGCACCACUGUUAUACAAUUUAAACUGGGUCCGGCAUCAUUGCACAAUCUUGUAGCACUGUUUUGUGUCAAAAUUGAGUUGUAACCCUUUAUUAUUUUAGUUUAUUUUGUGCUCAGUUGGUGCAUUGUCCUAAAAAAAAAAAAAAAGAAGUUGUUUUCAUCAAAUUACCACAAACUAACUGGCAUACAGAUAAUCUGGGCCCCCAAACAGGUCAAGCCAGCCUUGAGAAGGUACAACAGUAUACAAAUACAUUUGUAAAAACAUUGCAACUAGCCUCGCUGCUAUGUUCGAUUAUUUAAGCGGACUGGCAUUGUGAAAGUCAUCUGAUUUGCAAAGUCAAUGCUGCAGUCUGAACACAGACAGCAGGGGGCGACGUGACGAAUUUUGUUUUAACCAGUCAGCACAAAGUAAAAGGUUUUGAGCGUUUUUAGUUGUGUUGCACCAGUAAACAGCAGCUCAGUGUAAACGGUAAAUAAAGCUCUUAUUAUCUCAGUUUCAUACAUAUCAGUUUUCUGAGAUUAAUAUUCAACCUAAAACCGGAUGUGUGCAGAUUCUGAUAAAAUCACUGAAUCUCUUAAACUCUUCAAAUGUAUAUUCCAGGCCAACAAUGUCUUACAUACAUCUUUUACGUCUUAAAUUUUGUGUUACUGGUCUUAAAAAUGCUGAUCCGUACUGUGAUGGGAGAUUUUAAAGAUGAAGACACCUUUUAACAAGCAGUUCUUAAAGUGGACUUCAGCAUGAAUGAUACCAAGGAAUGAAUAUCCUAGGCCUGUUUCUAUUCCAGUCCAGUCUACUCCUGUCCUCCUUCAGUCUGGUCCAGUUCAGUAUUUAGUCCAGUCUGGUUCAUUCCGGUCCUCUGUCCUCUUGGAGAUCAGCCGGGUCUUAACUGUUUUCUCUUCCUCUGCUUCAUCAGACAGUCUCAAAGACACUCCAGUGACAAUCCCAGCCCUCCUUCUUAGUCUCAUCAAACCCAAACCCCUGUGUGUGUGUGUGUGUGUGUGUGUGUGUGUGUGUGUGUGAGAGAGAGAGAGAGUGAGACAGGCGGUAGGUGUGAAUGACUGUAUGUGUGUGUCAAGGUGGACAGGCUAAUUAAAGGUACGCUUAAGGAGUCUUAAGAUCAACUCUUCAGGCUUUCAGCUUUGAGGUACUGCAUGUAAAGGGACCUUGCCAUUUUGAAUUUUUGGUCUGUUUUGACCUUCACUGAACACUUGCCACAUUAUCUCAGAAAGUGCUAAAUAUGUACAGGUUUAAUGAGAAAUGCUAACGAUGCUAAUACGCUGAAAAUAUAGAAAGAUUUUACCCCAAUACAUGACAAGUGUCCAGUGUAAAUAAACAUGUCAAGAUGUCACUUUCACAUGUAUCAAUUAUAAUAAUGCUGAUAAUAAUAUGAGUACAGUAAAGAAGAAUGUCGUAAUGUUUCUGAUGUUUUUUUUUUUGUUUUGUUUUUUAAUGUUGGACGCACACGGGGGUCAUAGUUUUAGGUGAUUUUUGUCACACAUCUAACCUCUGUUGUUAUGUUGCUGCUGUGUGGAGCUGUCACAGUGGCCGUCACUAUGCAGGGGAGGAAAACCCUGAAAGAAUCACGGGGCCCAGAGCUGGAUAGGGGCCCCUCAAACACGCUAGGUACUUGCCAGACAUGUAUUUUAUAAGAACAGCCUGUUAGAUCAUUUCCACAGUCUGACCCUGAGGAAGCUCAGUGUAGAAAUAAUAAUACUGUGCGUCGGCACUCCCAGCACUUUUAAAACGCACACACAGUCGCUGAUAUUAGAGCAGAGCAGGACGCGACCCGACUGAUGUCGCACAGUGGCCAUUUUGAAUAGUCAAAGUAGGGAACAUUUAAAGUAUAAGACUGGUAUUCUUUAUUUUUCUUAUACUCAACAAAUCCUACGAAAGACCAAAACAAACAAUGUGUUAGUCUGUCUCUCAGUACUUUCCAACUUCUCUCUGUGGCACUUUUCUUUUUGAUGGCUCAGUAAUUUGGGCCCUGUAGUUUUAAGCAAACUUUACUUAGCUAGUUAGCUAUAGCCUGCUAUAGGCUGGACUGCGGCAGAUCAUAAUAGGUCCAAAUAUUUUACGUUAUUAAAAUGUGAAUUAAUUCCUCAUCCAGUUUUUGAGAUCCUAUAGUUUCUUAUUUGUUUAGAAAGGGGAGUAUUUAAAAAGUAAUAAAUGUUUGUAUAGCUUUCAUAGCUGCCGUACUUCUGGUGCCUUCACGUGGGGUUGUGUUAGCUUGUUCAUGAGAAGGUGCCAAAUGAAAGCCUGCACAAGUUGUGAUGACGAUUUUUGACCUGUUAUUUUCUUGCUAUGUCUUUGACAUAAAAAAACAGUAAUUCACAAUUUUAAAAGGACAAUGAAGACAAGGCAUCGUUUUUUGUUUUCAGUUUAUUGUCACAAGUUAAACCACUUAAUUUUAUAUCAUAUCAUUUACUCGAUUUCCUCUAUGGAAACCACAAACUCAGGAGUUACUUUUGAAGGCAGCAUUGAAAUUCUUUCCCAACCUGAGUAUUCAAAAUGGCCGCCGCAUUAGCCAGUCGUACCAUAGACUGUAUGUAUACAUGGACGACACGUCUCCACUUCCUCCCACUGUACAAAAGUGAAGACAAAAUAUCCCGGAUUUGGGAGCAGCCAUCUUGCGCUUUUGAUGUCAUUUGCAACCAGAGUCUGUGAAGUAGUGAUUGAGGUCCCGCCCAUACACCUGGCCGACGCAAUUGCAAGAAGGCCUCAGCUGUCAAUCAUGACAUGAAACCCCCUUUUUAUAGCAUCAAAUAACUAAUUACAACCAAACGUAUCAGAAAAACAAACACUUGAACAAACAUCAGCCUGAUAAGAACUGCCUAAAAUGACAGAAACCAUCUUUGGGAAAAAUUUAUUUGACGUGUAAUUGGAGUUUUUAGUUUUGCUCAUGUCCCAUCCGCUAACAUGGAGGGGGCGGGGUUUAUGACCUAUACUGCAGCCAGCCACCAGGGGGCGAUGGAGAUGUUUUGGCUUCACUUUUGGGGAGCUGUCAUGUCGUCCAUCUUUAUAUACAGUCGGACAGAUACCGUUGCCGUUUCGUCUGCUCAGCAGAGUUGUAGAUAUGUUAGUUAGCUAGCCACUUGGCCAGUUAGUAAAUGUAGUUAGUAAUUUAAAUUUAAUGCCACGGUUACUGAAUUACCACUGAGACAACCAGUAGUUACCUUAGUGACCAGCCACUGUCCAAUCAGAAGUCAGCGAGGCUCAGCCAGUUGCAGCAGCUUGACUGUGGAGGAAGGUGUGAACGAAUGUCUGCGUCUCCCCAGACUGAAACUGAUGAUGAUGAUGAUGAUAAAGAAUGAUGAUGAAUUUGCCCCCCAACAUCACUCCACACUGUACUGAAACUAACCUAAUCCAGUUUGAACCCGUUCUUACUGUCUACCUUCCAGGUUGUGUAAAAUACUACUGCUAUCUGAGAGUUAAUAUAUGAGCGCUACGGGGCGAUCGAGGCAGCCUGCUGUUAAUUAUCACUGUAGAAGAUGAUGUACGUUGUUGUCUUUCAAUGUUCAGAAUAAACUUCAGUUGGACCAAGA